CCAAGUAGGUGAGUGAGUGAAUGAGCGACUGGGAGGAGGAAAGGGAGCGAGCGGACGAGAGAGUGAGGAAGAGAAAGACGGAAGCGAGGCGCGGCGAAAGAAGAGAGAGCGAGAGACAGUUGGGAGGGUUACAGAUGGGGGAGGGAGUACGUUUCGAUAGAACGAGCGUGAAUGCGAGCGCAGGGUCGACGAGGAAUCCGGAAUAGGUACGACGACCGAGGAGAGGAAAGGAAAGAACGGGUGGUGUUUUUCGUGUGCAGCUCUCCGGUGUCGACCGCGGGGACAGGUCAGGAUGGAUGAAUGUAUGUUGAACGACUUGUUGGAGUGUUCGGUGUGCCUCGAACGACUCGACACGUCCAGCAAGGUGUUGCCUUGCCAACACACGUUCUGCAAGAAGUGUCUGGAGGAGAUCGUGAGCACCCAUCGCGAGCUACGCUGUCCGGAAUGCCGGGUGUUAGUUGACGCCAAGGUGGACGACCUGCCGCCGAACGUGCUGUUGAUGCGUAUCCUUGAAGGAAUGCGCAAUGCUGCACCGAAAAGCGUCAAAUCGUCGUCGUCCCUAUCCUCGUCGAGAUCCGCCACCGCCGCGCCGCAGAGGUUGUUCGGCGGUCAUCAGGUUGCACCAGCACCUAUAGUCACUACCAAUCUCGCACCUGUCGCCGUUGCUUCCGAACCAGUACGACAUUCUAACGCGGUUGCUAAGCAGGCACAUCUGCACAAUCAGGCGUAUGGCAGAGCGAUCUAUGACUAUGUUUCCAAGGUGCCAGGAGAUUUAAGUUUCAAAAAAGGUGAUAUAGUGAUCCUGCGGAAGAAGAUUGAUAACAAUUGGUAUUUUGGAGAAUGUGGCAGUAACCAUGGUGUCUUUCCUCUGUCUUAUGUUCAGGUGAUGACACCUCUGACACCACAUGUACCCCAAUGUAAGGCACUGUAUGAUUUUAGAAUGACUAAUGAUGAUGAAGAUGGGUGUCUAACUUUUAAUAAGGGUGAAGUUAUCAGUGUUAUCAGAAGAGUAGAUGAAAAUUGGGCAGAGGGUAAACUUUUUGACAGGAUUGGUAUAUUUCCAUUGGCCUUUGUGGAGCUGAACAGUGUCGCUAGAGCCUUGAUGAAACUCUCCACCAAUGUACAGCCAGGACCAUCGAGAGUAGCUCCACCCACACCGACGAACGAAGGAACCACGCCACUUAUACCAACCGAUCAUUCACGUAAUGUGCAAACGACGAGCCAGCCGCGACCGCAGUUAGCACAGACCACCGCGUUACCGGUGUCCGAUACUGUAUCAAACGUCUCAUCAGGCGGUAGUUCGACGACCACCACACCAAACACACCCAACAGUUCGACCACGUCCAGCAGUUCCAGCACUGCUCCAAGCAGCCCAGGCAGCCCUGCAACGUCACCGCCUGCGGUCGGCAAUCGCCAUAACGUUAAGCGUCAUAGUUUCACUGCCGUCAAUACAGGUCAUCAUGCUCAUCCCCAUCAUAGACAUAGCGCUGAAAUACUUAGUCCUCCGGUAGACAGUGCCCCUAAUAACGCCAAUAAUAGCGGAGGCAAUGAAUCGUUUUCCCCCUUACAAACCAGCAGCAGCUGCACGGAUCAUAACCUUCGUCACAGACGAAGCGGUAGCAGUGAUCUCGUUCUCGCGCAGCCGUCACAAAGCGUCCCUGCUGCUAAUCAGACUUCCGGCACCGGUACAGCGACGACGCAUCUACCAGCAGCGUACAUAGCGCUAUACCCGUACAAACCUCAGAAAACGGACGAGCUCGAACUGCGUAAGGGCGGUAUUUAUAUGGUGACGGAACGUUGUCAGGACGGAUGGUUCAAAGGAACAUCCAACCGUACGCAGAAGUGCGGAGUUUUUCCGGGAAACUACGUUGCGCCCGCUAAAUGUCAACGUGGAAUAUGCCGCGGCUCUCCAAACUCGCCGAGUCAACACCAAGGCUCACCACUUUCAUCGAACGCAUCCAAUACCGAAUCGCGCUUGGCCAUGACGUACACGAAGAGCAAGGGUCCUGCCCCGCAACCGUACAAUCCUCGUGCUUUACCGCCGCCUGAACUGCCUCCACGUGCUAUCAGCCCGUCAACAACCGUGUCGUCGUCAUCUUGGCAUGGCGGCGGUGGUCAACAGGAACAGGGACCGAAUCAGGAAACCAGUCCGCCCCGGCACAACGAUCAGAAUGCGGCCGCCAACCCGCUUGGGCGCAGCCACAGCGCGGUUAUGACAUCAAAUAUCCCUUCUCCCGGUAAACAAAUUGCAAUGCCGUCUUCGCUGCAGCCGACAGCGGGUAUUAAUGGUGCUAAUAACGGCUGUGCCAGUGUCGCUAUUUCCGUUCCUUCUUCUUCCGCGAGUGACAUGAACAGGAGCCCGAACAACACUUUGCGCGUGGCAGGCGGCAUCGCACCGUCUAACACUCCAGCGACUGUGUGCAGAACUGCAGAGAAGCCGAAAGAGAGGAAAGAUAAGUGCGUCUCCUUGAUGCGGCGUCUGACCAUUAUUAAGAAGUCCAAGUCACCUCCACCCGCUACGUAUUCGAUGGAUAAUCCCGUAUUCGACGAUGGUAAUUCCGUCAAUCCGAUGCACGUCCGAUCGGGGUCCUGCCCAAGUCAAUUGCUGCAGGUGGUACCUACGCAGGAAUUAAACGCUUCAAACAGCCAACACCGCUUAUGUCCAGGCUCUGUGCAGGGGCACGCCACAUCCUCACAGAGACUGAAAUGCAAGGAGAGACCCUCCUUACAACUAUCAGUAGUGCAGAGAUCUGGUGAAUCCGGCGCUAUGGUGUGUCCAACGGUCGGAAACCAUCAUCGCAAAAGCAAUUCUUUAGACGCUGGAAUGGGAAAGCAGACAAAGCAACAACCAUCGCGUGACCGCGAUCGGGUGUACAGAUUUCGUUGUAUCGUGCCGUAUCCACCUAACAGCGAGUUUGAGUUGGAACUUCGCGUGGGUGACAUAAUAUAUGUGCACAAGAAACGUGAUGACGGCUGGUAUAAGGGCACGCAGCAACGCACCGGCCGUACAGGACUGUUCCCGGCGAGUUUCGUGGAAGCUUUCUGAGACCCGACGCAAAGUCGCUUAGUGUUAGAAACGUGUAUAUAACUUGGCGCCCCUUUUCUUUUCAUACAGGUACUACAUUACAUAUUAAGUAUAGACGAGGCUCUCAAGUCGGCAUUAUUGUGUACAUGUAUGCGGGUGCGUGCGCUCGCUCGUGUUUGUUUUAUUGUUGGUUUUCUCACACGGGGAUGUACGUCGGUUUUAAAAUCAUAGCACACGUAUAAUGUACCGUUUAUUCCGAAAUGUACAAUGUAUGAAGGAUGAGGGGGGCAAGCCUAGUUUGUGUUAGCGAAAAAUCAGAAACAAAAUACCAUCUCCGUUCGCGCCGCAAACUUUAAUGAAAUAUAUCAGUAUAUGUCGCAUAUGUAAAUUAAUUGACUGUUGUAAAUUAAAUUAACGAACGGAUGUUUCAUAUGCUGAACGCAGUAGGAAGUUUUAAUGCGCAAAACAAUUCUAUUCCAUGUAUAUAGAAUAUAGACACACGUAAUCUUUACACCACAUAUGUGUGUGUAUAUGUAUAUGAGGAUGUGAAAACAAGUAUAACACGAGAAAAUAAGACAAGAACGUGAUAUCUUUUACGUGCGAUAUCUGAAACUACUCCAAACUGAUACUGCCAUUGUGGUAAUAUAGGGAGAGAAUGUAAUUGUAAUGUGGCGGGUAAGUUCAUUAUAUUUUCAUGCAAGCACGUUACUGCCAUUUAUGAAGGAAACCAGAACGGAUACUGAUUUGUCCAAGUUGUUGGUUUCUAAAGAAAAUCUGUAUGCUUUCUUCUACAGAAGCGCAUAAUAUUAACGUACAAGAGAAAGAAUUGUAUGAUUCGUAUAGCCGUUUGUAAACGGUUUGUAUACAUAUUUUUUUUCUGUCAAAUUAAUAGCGCAUCAGAUGGUCACGAUUGGGGACCACUACUCACGAGCUUGAUAAAAUAAUUAUGACAGAGGUAAUAAAAAAAUGUUUUAUGAAAAAUAGUUCUAAUAGAAACAGUCAAAUAACAGCAUAUGGUGUAAAUAUUGGUUCUUUUUAUCUAUACUUUUAUCUGAUAGAUAAAAAGAUAAUAAAAACAUUAUAUUUCUCCUCAAUCUCCUUUAUUAUAGUUGUGAUGUUGAAUAUCUCUUAUACUAUCACAUUGGCUCCUGUGACUAAUUAUCGUGCGCGUGUGCAAGUUCGUAAAUAACAAAGGACUUGCAAUUAAGACUAUUUGAUGCGCCCUUGAAAUUUCAUCAGGGAGAUGUAUCAUGUACAAACCGUUAGGCAAACAAAUGUAUACUUGGUUUUAAUGCAGUUUCUAUCUUACCUUUUCUUAAUAUAAUUUAAAACGUAACUGGUCUAAUAAGAAAUUUUCUAAAAAUUAAAACCAAGUUCUCAUUGGACCAUUGUUUCAAAUUGCAUCGAAAAAAAA